AGAGCAUGCGUACUAGGUCAAAUGAGCGUACGCGCUCGCGUGUCAGUGAGGAAGGUGAUUAGAGUGUCUUCUUCUGCAUACAUGACUGUCUGUCGACAAUAGCAAUGUGGCGCAAGCUGUUCACCUCCGUCCCUGCUUUCAGAGCCCUGAAAGCACCCUGUCGGAGCUUUAAAAGCAGCAGCAGGGGAGCUGAAAAGGACUUCUUUAAAGAUCUGGACGCUCAGCUGCGGGCGUUUCGGGACAAAGCGGCCGCAGCGAUGCCCGGCAGUGACUGGAGCCCGAUUGAGUUGACCCCCGGCCUGCCCCCGGAGAGGGCUGAUGUGGUGAUUGUAGGAGGGGGAGUCGUAGGAUGGUCCAUCGCAUACUGGCUAAAGAUGAAGGCGCGAGUGAGGGAUGGUCUGAGAGUGCUGGUGGUGGAGAAAGACCCUACUUAUUCCCAGGCGUCGACUGUGCUGUCAUGUGGUGGAAUCCGGCAGCAGUUCUCCUUGAAAGAAAACAUCAUGCUCUCACUGUUUUCAGCUCAUUUCAUGAAGAACAUUAAUAAUCACCUCUGUGUUGUAAAUGAAGACCCCGUUGAUCUGCAGUUUAAUCAUUCCGGAUAUCUCUUCCUCGCCAGUGAAAAAUCAGCUCAUAUUAUGGAGGAAAACUACAGAACUCAAAGAUACGUGGGUGCGAAGGUCGCCCUCCUCUCACCAUCCCAGCUGAAGGAGCGAUUCCCUUGGAUGAACACGGAGGGGGUCGCUCUGGCUUCUCUUGGACUAGAGAACGAGGGCUGGUUUGACCCCUGGUCUCUCCUGAACGCUCUCAGACGUAAGGCCGUGUCUAUGGGUGUCUAUCAGUGCUUUGGAGAGGUCACAGGAUUUAAAUGUGCUGCAAAUUUGGCAGAAACCACAGAUGGAGAGGUUCUUAAUGUCCAAAGGAUAAAAUAUGUUAAUGUGCGGAUGCCCAACAGUCUGGAGUAUCAGCCUGUGGAGUGUGCCGUUGUGGUAAAUGCAGCAGGUGCAAACUCAGGAAAGAUCGCCUCCAUGCUAGGCAUCGGAUUAGGCCCGAAAGAAUCAGUGUCUGGUGUUCCGCUACCCGUGGAGCCCAGAAAAAGGUUUGUUUAUGUGGUACAUUGUCCUGAUGGACCAGGGUUGGAUACUCCAUUUCUGAUUGACUAUUCAGGGGUUUACUGUAGACGAGAGGGACUGGGAGGAAAUUACAUCACGGGAAUGUCACCAGAGGAGACAGAAGAACCAGAUAUCAGUAACCUUGAUGUGGACCACGAGUUCUUUCAAGAGAAGGUCUGGCAUCGUCUGGCCCACCGUAUUCCUGCAUUCGAGCAACUGAAGGUUUCAAACGCGUGGGCUGGGUUUUACGACUAUAACACCUUUGAUCAGAAUGGCAUUAUUGGACUGCAUCCUCUUGUGCCCAACAUGUACUUUGCCACGGGCUUCAGCGGUCACGGUCUGCAGCAGUCUCCUGCGGUCGGACUCGCCGUGGCUGAACUUAUUCUGGACGGAGGCUAUAAGACCAUUGACCUUAGUGCUUUAGACCUUAAACGGAUCCUUCUGCAGGAGCCCAUACUGGAGAGCAACAUUGUGUGAGGAGCACAAAAACACAGGGAAGAUGAAUGUGUCCUCAGAAUGGAGCCACUUGAUAUGAACGUUACAAUGACAUCAUAGUUCACACUGGAACAAUGGUCAAAGUUCAGUUUGGAAACAAAACAUAAUCAGAAUAUUAAAAAGCUUAGUUCACCCAAAAAUUAAAAUUCUGUCAUUAAUUACUCACCCUCGUGUUGUUCCAAACCAGUAAGACCUUCGUUCAUCUUCAGAACGCAAAUUAAGAUAUUUUUGAUGGAAUCUGAGAGCUCUCUGACCUUCCAUAGACAGCAAGGACACAUAGCAAGGAACAAGAAAUGUAGCAAGGGCAUCGCUAAAAUAGUCCGUCACAUAGUCCCGUUACAUGGACUAUUUAACAGAUGCCCUGGCUACGUUUCUGUGUGUUGAUCAGGGGUUCAACCGUAAUUUUACGAAGCUACGAGAAUACUUUUUGUGCGCAAAGAAAACAAUAAUAGCGGAAGACGGUAACUCUGGGAGAAGACCUGCUGAAUAAUUAAUGCUAUUUUUGUUUUCUUUGUGCACAAAAAGUAUUCUAGUAGUUUUGUAAAAUUGCGGUUGAACACCUAACCAACGCACAGAAACGUAGCAAGGGCAUCGGUAAAAUAAUCCCUUACAUGGACUAUGUCGCUGCUGCAUUUCUGUGCGUUGAUCGUGGUAAUAUCCUUGCUGUCUAUGGAGGGUCCAAGAGCUCCCAGAUUCCAGCAAAAAUAUCUUAAUUUGUGUUCCGAAGAUGAACAAAGGUCUUACGGGUUUGGAACGACAUGAGGGAGAGUAAUUAAUGACAGAAGUUUCAUUUUUGGGUGAACUAAACCUUUACAUACUGUACAAGAAAUGUAUGGUAGAGAUCAGGAAAUUCUGAUGGAUAUUUUGUUCAUUUGUAAUUGCAUAUAUUUAAAUAUGCACAUGAAACAGAUCAUGAUAUAUCCUUUUUUUUAAGUGUUUUUCUAGAUCCUCAUAUUCAUACUGUUUCAGAAAUGAAUACCAAAAAUAAUCAUAAACUUUAAAAGUUUGUUUCUAAAUCAGACAUCAUGGACUCAAUUUUAUAAAUCUGUAUCUUUAAAUGUGUGUUAAUAUAGAUAUGAAUACACAGGCAUAUUGUGAAAGAAGACAGAAAUGUGCUGUUUUAUUUUAGCAUGAUUGAUCAAUUUCAAUAUAUUUGUUUUUCCAA